CCUUUGGAUUUUUCUCCUUUUCUCAUAUUUGCUGAAUCUCCACUACCCGGCUUUUUUCUUUUCUUUUCUUUUUUUUCCCCUCCGCCUCUCUCUGGAGCACGAAUCCAAACAUUUUGCAAAGCAACAAAGAAAAGUUCGCACGCUUGCACCGCGGCCCGGACAGACUGGCGCUGCUGCCGGGUCUCCCUCCCUCUCUCCGACACUUGACUCAACCUUGCAAGCAAGACAGAGUGUGUGUGUGUGUGUGUGUGUGUGUGUGUGUGUGUGUGUGUGUGUGUGUGUGCGUGUGCCCCAUCCCCCGCCCCGGUAACUUCCCCAGCGAAUAACAAAUACCCAUAAAGUCCCCGUCGCGCAGCCCCUCCCCGCGGGCAGCGCACUAUGCUGCUCGGGUGGGCGUCCCUGCUGUUGUGCGCAUUCCGCCUGUCCCUGGCCGCAGCCGGCCCCGCCGCCGCACCUGCCCAGGAUAAAGCCGGGCAGCCCCGGGCUGCUGCAGCGGCCGCCCAGCCCCGCUGGCGGCAGGGGGAGGAGGCGCAGGAGCUGGCCGAGCCUCCGGGUCAUCCGCACCCCCUGGCGCAGCAGCGCAGGAGCAGCGGGCUCGUGCAGAACAUCGACCAACUCUACUCAGGCGGCGGCAAGGUGGGCUACCUCGUCUACGCGGGCGGCCGGAGGUUCCUCCUGGACCUGGAGAGGGAUGGUUCGGUGGGCGCCGCUGGCUUCGUGCCCGCAGGAGGCGGGCCAAGCGCAUCCCGGCGCCACCGGAGCCACUGCUUCUACAGGGGCACAGUGGACGGUAGCCCCCGCUCCCUGGCUGUCUUUGACCUCUGUGGAGGUCUCGACGGCUUCUUCGCGAUCAAGCACGCACGCUACACCCUGAAGCCGCUGCUGCGCGGGCCUGGGGCCGAGGCGGAAACCGGGCGCGUGUACGGGGAUGGGUCUGCGCGGAUCCUUCACGUCUACACCCGCGAGGGCUUCAGCUUUGAGGCCCUGCCGUCGCGCGCCAGUUGCGAGACCCCUGCCUCCCUUCCAGGGCCCCGAGAGCGCCCCCCGGCGCGCGGUAGCCUGGGCCGACGCACAGCGCCGGCCCCGCAGCUCCUGGACCAGUCAGCUGUCUCGCCCGCUGGGGACCCAGGACCGCAGACGUGGUGGCGGCGGCGGCGCCGCUCCAUCUCCCGGGCCCGCCAGGUGGAGCUGCUCCUGGUGGCUGAUGCGUCCAUGGCGCGGAUGUAUGGCCGGGGCCUGCAGCAUUACCUGAUGACGCUGGCUUCCAUCGCCAACCGGCUGUACAGCCACGCCAGUAUAGAGAACCACAUCCGCCUGGCCGUGGUGAAGGUGGUGGUGCUAGGCGACAAGGACAAGAGCCUGGAAGUGAGCAAGAACGCAGCCACUACACUCAAGAACUUUUGCAAGUGGCAGCACCAGCACAACCAGCUGGGAGAUGACCACGAGGAACAUUACGAUGCAGCCAUCCUGUUUACUCGGGAGGAUUUAUGUGGGCAUCAUUCAUGUGACACCCUGGGAAUGGCAGACGUUGGGACCAUAUGUUCUCCAGAGCGCAGCUGUGCUGUGAUUGAGGACGAUGGCCUCCAUGCAGCUUUCACCGUGGCUCACGAAAUUGGACACCUGCUUGGCCUCUCCCAUGACGAUUCCAAAUUCUGUGAAGAAAAUUUUGGUUCCUCGGAAGAUAAGCGCUUAAUGUCUUCCAUCCUAACCAGCAUUGAUGCAUCCAAGCCCUGGUCCAAAUGCACUUCAGCCACUAUCACAGAAUUCCUGGAUGAUGGCCACGGCAACUGCUUGCUAGACCUACCACGAAAGCAGAUCCAGGGCCCUGAAGAACUUCCGGGACAGACCUACGAUGCCACCCAGCAGUGCAACCUGACAUUCGGGCCCGAGUACUCGGUGUGUCCGGGCAUGGACGUCUGCGCUCGCCUGUGGUGUGCCGUGGUGCGCCAGGGCCAGAUGGUCUGUCUGACCAAGAAGCUGCCCGCUGUGGAGGGAACACCUUGUGGAAAGGGGAGGAUCUGCCUACAGGGCAAGUGUGUGGACAAAACCAAGAAAAAAUAUUAUUCAACAUCAAGCCAUGGCAACUGGGGGUCUUGGGGGUCCUGGGGCCAGUGUUCUCGCUCAUGUGGGGGAGGAGUACAGUUUGCCUAUCGCCACUGCAAUAACCCUGCACCCAGAAACAAUGGCCGCUACUGCACAGGGAAGAGGGCCAUCUACCGCUCCUGUAGUGUCACGCCCUGCCCACCCAAUGGUAAAUCAUUUCGUCAUGAGCAGUGUGAGGCCAAAAAUGGCUAUCAGUCUGAUGCAAAAGGAGUCAAAACCUUUGUGGAGUGGGUUCCCAAAUAUGCAGGCGUCCUGCCAGGAGAUGUGUGCAAACUGACCUGCAGAGCCAAGGGCACCGGCUACUAUGUGGUAUUUUCUCCAAAGGUGACGGAUGGAACUGAAUGUAGGCCGUACAGUAACUCUGUCUGCGUCCGGGGGAAGUGUGUGAGAACGGGCUGCGAUGGCAUCAUCGGUUCAAAGCUGCAAUACGACAAGUGCGGAGUAUGUGGAGGGGACAACUCCAGCUGUACGAAGAUUGUUGGAACCUUCAAUAAAAAAAGUAAGGGUUACACUGACGUUGUGAGGAUCCCUGAAGGGGCAACCCACAUAAAAGUCCGACAGUUCAAAGCCAAAGACCAGACUAGAUUCACUGCCUACUUAGCCCUGAAAAAGAAAAACGGUGAGUACCUCAUCAAUGGGAAGUAUAUGAUCUCCACUUCAGAGACCAUCAUUGACAUCAAUGGAACAGUCAUGAACUACAGCGGUUGGAGCCACAGGGAUGACUUCUUGCAUGGUAUGGGCUACUCUGCCACGAAGGAAAUUCUAAUAGUGCAGAUUCUUGCAACAGACCCCACUAAAGCAUUAGAUGUUCGUUACAGUUUUUUUGUUCCCAAGAAGUCCACUCCAAAAGGAAACUCUGUCACUAGCCAUGGCAGCAAUAAAGUAGUCCCCGAUCCUUCACAGCUGCAGUGGGUAACGGGCCCGUGGCUGGCUUGUUCUAGGACCUGUGACACAGGCUGGCACACCAGGACGGUGCAGUGCCAGGAUGGAAACCGGAAGUUAGCAAAGGGAUGUCCUCUCUCCCAAAGGCCUUCUGCAUUUAAACAAUGUUUGCUAAAGAAAUGUUAGCCUGUGGUUAUGAUCUUAUGCACAAAGAUAACUGGAGGAUUCAGCACUGAUACCGCCGUGGUGAACAAGAGGUCUACCUAAUGCACAGAAUGUCAUGCUUCAGUGUCAUUGUCUACAGGAGUCGAAUUAUGGGCAGAAUCUGCUCUUUGUGACCAAAAAGAAGAUGUGCACUGCUUCAUAUGACAAUGGUGACCUUGGAAUAUAGAAUAACUUGGAAGUGAUUGAACAUCCCCUGGGCCUACAAAAUUGAAAAGAAAUCACUGAUGAAUGUAGAAUCAGGGGACAUUUGAAGAUGGCAGAAGAGUCUCCCCUUUGUCACCUACCUCUUAUAGAAUGUCUUUAAAGGCAUCAUAAUCAUUUUCACCCAUGAUACACAGUAGCUUAUUUUUACUGUUUGUAAAUAUGUUCUUCCUUGGUAUGUCACUUUAUAUCCCUUGGUUCUAUUAAAAUAUACAUAUAAAUAUAUAUAUAUAUUUCUAUACAAAAGUGUUUGACCAAAGUAGGUCUGCAGCUAUUUCAACUCCCUUCAGUUUCCAGAAAGAGCUGUGGAUGUUUUACUGGAAAUUAAGAACUUGCUGCUGUUUUAAUAAGAUUUAGUAUAUUUUCUGACUACAGAAGAUAGAAUUUGAGUCAAAAACCAUUUUGACAGCAAGCGUCUUCUGAGAAAUUCUGAAAAGAAGAAGGAUCUCAGUGUAUCUAGUCAUUUAAAUAUAUACACGGGUCCAUCUACUUAGACCUUUGACUGCCUGUAUUUUUUUCAGGUAGCCAGCCAAAUUAAUGCAUAAUUUAGGAUAUAGAAGUAGGGUUUGCGUGUGUAUGUGACCAGUAUUCAAGAGUCUAAAACCUAGUUUACUCAUGUUGAAAUUUAAAAAACAAAACAACAUAUUUCACGGUGUUUUCAAUUUAUAUUUUCACAGCUGCUUUCUCUUUCUUUGGCUCCCAUCUGGAAUCUCACAAUGUGUGAUAUACGUAUAAAACACCCAGCUAAGAUUUCUCUAUCAUAUCCAACACUUUCAACACUGGUAUACCUCUUACCAGCAGGCCUUGAAAAUGCAUUUGCAUUUGUUUUGCUUAUUUGUUUGUUUGUUUGUUUGUUUGUUUGUUUGUUUUGUUCAAGGGUUCCAUAAACCUACAAUGUUUUGUUCUUUCUUGUCAACUUAGUUUAAUAGGAACAUUAAAGAUCAUGUGGUAAUUAGCCACAUCUAAAAGUGGUUAUCAUCAUUAAUGUGGUUAAUGCAGAACAAAAAGUGGUUAAUAUUAAUAAGACUGUUUCCACAUCAUAGGCAAUAAUUCCUUAAAUUUUUUUAAUAUAAUUUUCUACUGUACUAAAGAUUUUUCCCAACUAGAAAGUAUUUGGUUGUACUAGUAAGUGUUUGAGGGACGAAAUGUGAUGAUUUUCAGGAAGUUGUUGCUUUUAUUUCCAUAGCCUGUUUAAGUAAGUUGUAAGUUUGAAUAGUUAGACAUUGAAUUGUUUUAUAAUCAUACACCUAAAAUUCUCUUUUAAGAUAGUAAACUGCAUACCCCCACAUCCCACAGCUCAGAAAAUCUAAGGUGUUUCAUUUCACUGGGAUUAUUUUUUUCUUUGUGAAAUACUGCAAAGCCAAUUGUUUUUCAUAAAAUUUUAUAAUAUUAAUGCCAAACGUGCCUAUUGUUAAAGAUUUGCAUCUAUGGAUGUUUCAGUUUCAUUAAGCUCAUGGGAGUUUAUUUUUAUUGUAAGAUAUGUUAAUAUAGAAGAAUUAUGUAAUUGAUCUCACUAUAUCGCUUUCAUUUCAGUGGGCCAGGAAAGUGGAGGUCUCACUGUUUUAAGUAUUUUCUUAAGAAAUUAUUUUUUUUAAAAAAAUUGGUUUACAAAACCAAUAAUUAUCCUUUGAAUUUUCAUAGACGCUUUCCUUUAGAUGUGGUCAUUUUUUUCUUAAUAAAUUAUCAGCUAAAGAAAUGAGGCCUAUACAAGGCUGGUAACCUAUAUUUGAUGGACAUCACCAUAUACCAAUGGCAGAAACCAAAGCCAGUCAAACCAGAAAAACAUAAAAAUAAAAAUCACAUUGACCAUUUUACUGAAUAAAGUGAAUGAAUAGCGUCCAAUGUUACUUUUUCCAGUUUUGAAAAUAAUUUUAAUCAAGUAACUCAAAUGUGACAAAAUUUAUUUUUAUCCCUAGUGGUUACAUUACUAACAACAUUAAAAAAUAAUUGAAGAGCAAACAUAGUUGUCUCUUACUCUGCUUCUGUAUAGUAUAUUCAUAGAUUUUUAAUAUGAUUUAUUAAUGAUUCAUUUUUCCCCCAAAUAAUGACAUUUUAUACUUCUCAUUGAAACAAUCUGAGUGAGUGUAGGGCAAAUAAACCACUAUUGCAUGCUUUUAAGGAGUUUUUUCUACUUUUUUCUUAUGAGUAUCACUAGAUUGACUGAGGAAUGUAUGUCUAAACUCCUGAGAAAAACGCUACAGACUGGAAACUGAAAUUUGGAGAAAGGAAGUGUUCGUUCAAUAAAUGCAAAGAAUGAUGACUAAAGGGAAAAUCCUCUAUAACUCAAUCUAAUUCAGUUCAGUUUCACUUUGUACUAUGUUUUCCACCUUACAUAGUUGCAUCUUGAAUUUUUAAAAAGUCUAAAAUUCAGGAUGCUAGGGGCUACUUCAUAAAAAAAGAAAGGUUUAUCAGAAAAUGCUCAGGUUUGUAAGAAUCUAAUCUCACUUACAUAAUAACUAAGCACUCCAGAAUAAGUUUCAUGAAGUACAAAGGGAGCCCAAAAGAAAAUACCAUUUAUUUCUUCUAGACCAGAAAGAGUCAAAUUAAGCCCUGCCUCAUUGUUUAGAGGUAUAGGGCUAUUGCUAUAAUUUAUUCAACACAUUCAACUUCCUUUGCCAUCCUGUGGAAACAGUUUUAUCUCAUUAAACUAAGAAUUAAGGGAUGAAUCACCACCAACAACAAAAAAAGUUGCAGCACUGAAAAAAAAAUAAUUUAUUGUCUUUGCAACUGGUAUGUGAAUUUGUGUGAUAAAAUUAUUUAUUCUUAUUUAACAAAAAUAUGUGCAAAUUCUUCUAUAUUUAAAACGUUUUGCUGUUGUCCUACUUUUUAAUUUAUGCUUCAUGUUUGUGUAUAAAGUACACCUUGUGAGUUUACAUAAUAUACAGCACUGGUUGCUUUUGUAUUUUUUUACAGAAAGCUGUCUGCAUAAAACAGGUGUGUGUAUGUAUUCCUCAUGUAUCCUUAUUCUGAAACCACCAUUUUCUUUUCUAAGGAAAUUUUAAGUUUGCUCUUUCAUGACUAAUAGUGUUCAUUACUUGUAGCUAUAUGAAUAGGUCUUUUACAUCCCAUUAACACUAAUUUUUCCAAGUCACAGAUAAGAAUUCAAUCAAACAAGGUACAAGUUUUAAAUCUGGGUACACAGAUAGCCUAGAAGCUUCCCGUAGACAUUAAGAUACAGUCAAGAGUCAGGUCCAUUCAAUUCACUGAUAAACUUGGAUAAGUAACUACUGAUGUAUUAGAUGAAAGUUGGGUACACACAAGCUCUAAGGACUAUAAAUGAUAGUAAAACCAAAUAUUGUCUUUUGCUUCUUUAGAAACAUCCCCUAAAAUUAAUAUCAUUUAGUCUCUAGUGUCUGUAGGAUUCUAUAGAUGAGUAUAAACAAAUUGGAUUUAUAUGAUUCAGAUGUUAUUAGUCAUAAUAUUUUCUACAGAUAUGGGGUGUCCAUUAAUAGAAUAUGACUUUUUCCUACUACUAUUGAAUCCCCUGGAAAGAUCAUAGGAUAGAGGACAGGCAGGGUCAUCUUUAAUGACGUCAACUUGCCUGACUGUGAUCUCACAGUCUGAUCCCAGCAAUAAGGCAAAGCACCCUUGGUCUCAUGGCACAAUUUACCACAUCAGUCUCCAAUGCUGACGUUUCCCUAUUGACUUCUUCCUUGUGAACAAGGUCAUUGGAAUGGUUUAGGUGAGGACAGCAGCCAGGUUCAAAGUCCAAGACUUGUGCUAUGACUUAAAGUUCACUGUAAAAUGAGAUGGAAUUUAAUAAUGACUGUAUUUUGCCAGUGGUUUAUGACUGAAUGUGAAAUCUCAUUGACAGUAUUGGUGCACAUUACUGAUCUCUUCAUACUUCAAAUUGAGGGCAUACCUUAUAUUUUCAAAUAUUUCAAAGCUAAAAAAUAAAUGAAAUAACCAUGAGUACAGAAGGACCAUCUAAUGCUGAAAUACAGCCAAAUUUGAGGUGCUUCAUCAUUUAGACACACAAAAAAGGAAUUUGUAUAAUGUCUCUAUUAUUUUUCUCAUUUGCCAACAACCUAUAGUUUUAUAUUAUCAGACAGAUUAACUUAACUGACUAGUAUUCUGAAAUAAAUAUUUUUUCUUAACAUUCUGUUACAGUGAACUACAGAAAUAAUUUGUCAUCAUGAAAUGUAUCUGGUAUCUGUCUAUAAUGCAUAAUUGUGUUCUAUCUCAUUAACAUGUAGGAACAUAUUGAAAUAAAAACCAUGCGUUAGUCAGCCAAAAAAAAAAAAAUGCAUAUGGUGAUCAGAUCAGCAAAAAAUUCAUUCUGGCAAAUUUCUGUUUGGUGCCAUGAUAUAAUUCUCAUUGCAAGCUUUGUGUGAAAAAUGAAUAUGUUGUUAGAUACUGGUUUUGAAAGAAAAUAAGACUUUAACAUACACAUUAGUUAGCCCAGUUAAUUGCACCUUACUAAUAUACUAGCACUUUAACAAUAAUUUUGCUGUCUUAGGUCCUUAUUUGCUUGUCUGUUCUACCAAUUAACUGAUCCAUUUGACUAGUUAGGUCAAAUGAAAAAAUAAAUAAUGGUCCAUCGUCCUAUAAAACACUGCCACGUCCUAUAAAACACUUAGAGUGACCCAAAGUCUAACACUGUGAGGAAAACUGUGAUUUGUAAAUUAAACAGGGCAUGCUUUUUUACUUUUUUCAUUUUCCUUUGGCACAUGCAAUGAACAAUUGUCAUCGUUAUUGAGGUGCUAACAGCUUCAGUGACCAACUUCAAAUGUGGUAUUUCUGAAUUACUACUUUUUUCCUACAUGAUUUUAUAAUUUGCAAGAAAGACCUAUAAGCUUUUUCUCAACAUAGGACAUAACUUGAUACUUAAAAUUUGGGGAAAUAAGCACAUCCAAUGGUCGUUCUAACUAAUAGUGGUCAGUGACAGAAACUAUAUGUAUAUCUAAGGACAUUGAAGGUGUCAUCAAAACUUGGAAAACAUCAGGCUGGUGUAGCAGACUUUUGGAUGAGUCAUGUGUCAACAUUUACUAUAUCCUCAGCAUUCCAUUCAAACUUUUGUGUAUAUUUGGCCUGAUUAUUUUAAACCUUCACAAUAUUUUAUGCCCAUAGUAAACACUUGGUUGACUAUAGCUCAGCCUUUUCUUUAAUAAUUCACAAUAUGUUAGAAAGAUUUCUGCUUAUACUGAGAGUAUAUUUAGAAUAGAAGAUCAUGUUGUGUGUGACUUUGUGAGGCUAGACUUUUAAUUCAGAAAUAUAUAGUCUCUGGAUGGUAUUUUUGCAUCAUACACUCAGGCAUGACAUAAACAUUGUUGGUUCUUCUUGCUGCAAUUAAGAGUUGACAAACACUGCUUACAUUUUUGUAUGACCUAUUGAUCAGAGGAAAUCAUACACAUGCUUUGUAAAUAAACUUUGCAGAUAACUAAAUAGAUUGAAGAAAUGUGUUUGAUAUAAGCAGUGGCACAAAUAUUUGAUUUCUAUAUUAGCAUAUGUGAGUAAAGUCAAGUAAUGAACCUAAGUAGGUAUAACUGAGAUCUUUAAAUCUUGAAACAUGCUUUCAUCUUAGAGAAAAACAUUGAAGAUUUACACACUGUAUAUAAGAUGUAAAAUGUAAGCUGCUUGUUACCCUCAAUUUUGCAGAAGUGAUAGUAUGUAAUGCAGUUGAAAAACCAAAAAUCUUGGAAAACUAAGACGGGUCUUGUUUAAAAUGUCUCUUUAGCUUUGGCAAACUUCAAAUCUGAAUUAACUAAUUAAAUCAUUACUGUGUCUUGUAGCCUGCAUUCCACAACAGCUCUGUUAUUCAGGUAAACCACUUGAACUGAGCCGUUUGGGACUUAUACUGUAAUAUUUUUCAUUGAGGAACAAUAUCCUAUUUUGUAAAGAAUUUCCCUAUGUGUGACUUAAAACUGUAAAGUUAAACAUUGAUUUUGUGGUUUCAGUGAGCAUAAUAAAUAUAAAUUGUAAACUAGGUUAAAGUA